AGCGGUGUGGGCAGGGCUACUUUGUUGUUUAUAAUAUCAACCUCUAGGAAGCAUUCAGUUGCGUAGUUGUGGACUGGUGUAUCACACGAGACCUUGACGGACUAGAGUUUUACAGUAGCCUAGGCUAAAAGCAACAAUGGUUCGCAUCAUCAAAGACUUGGAUUCAUUCCAUAAGGCCUUGAGUGAAGCAGGUGGCAAGCUGGUAGUGGUGGACUUCACUGCCACUUGGUGCGGCCCUUGCCAAAGCAUCGCACCCUUUUACGAAUCCUUGUCUCAAAAAUACACGGAUGCGGUUUUCCUCAAAGUGGAUGUGGAUGACUCACAGGACGUAGCACAGGAGUGUGACAUCAAAUGCAUGCCAACAUUCCACUUCUAUAAGAAUGGGCAAAAGGUUGAUGAGUUUUCUGGUUCCAACCGGGAAAAGCUGGAAGAGAAAGUCACAAAACACAAAUGAAUUUGAGACAGCGACCGCUACACUGUAAAAAAAAGAUGUCUUUUUUUCUGCCUUCAUUCAGCUGUUCAACCACCCCCAGCCUGAAAUUAUAAUACACAUGUAAAACAAACAAGCAAUUUGUUUACAUAAACAGUUGAAACAUCCCCAAUUUUUUUCAUCUGUCAGCCAUGUUGCAAUGAGAGAAUUAUUACUGUUUGUUUCAAAAUGGGACCGGUUGGAAGCCUGUUUUAUAUCUUUUGGGCAGCUGAUUGAGAUGCAUCUUAUGCAUCAUAUGUUGUGUUUUUAAUGAAUUAAUUCAAUACAAAUUAAAUACGAAUACGAAUUAAUUCUAAACAAAA